AUGAAGAUAGAACGAAGAACAAGCAAUGUGGCGUUGUUUUUAGCAUCUUGGUUCAUAGUUGAAGGAUACGCAAAUGCUUUAUAUGAUUACACUGCCGCUAUUGAUUGUGCAGCAAAUCCUAAUAAGCCACAAUAUAAUGGAGGAAUCAUAGUGAACCCAGAAAUGAAUGAUGGGUUGAAUGGGUGGACAAGUGAUGGAGAACUGAAAGUAUCACAAACAAGAUCAAACAACUUCAUCGUAGCUCAUGGCAGUGUAUCACAUAAAGUGUUGUUAGAAAAGGCCAAAUUUUACACAUUUUCUGCUUGGAUACAAGUAGGUGGAGGUGGAAGGAUGAAUUUAGUAGUAAUGGCAAUUUUUAAGACAAAUGAAGGGUACAAGUCAGCUGGUUCAGUUGUUGCUCAAGUUGGGUGUUGGUCUAUGCUUAAGGGUGGCAUCACCGUUGAGUCUUUGUCUUCUGGUCCUGCUCAAUUAUAUUUUCAAAGCAAUGACACAUCUGCUGAAAUAUGGGUUGAUAGCGUUUCAUUACAACCUUUCACCCAAGACGAAUGGAGAUCUCACCAAUAUCAAAGCAUUGCCAAGGUUAGAAAAGGAAAGGUGAAAUUCCAAGUUGUGGACUCCAAAGGUAGAGCAAUAGCCAAUGCAAAUAUGUCGAUCAAACAAAACAAAGCAAAUUUCCCAUUCGGAGCAUCAAUGAACUACAACAUAGUGAAUAAUGCAGCCUACCAAAAGUGGUUCACAUCAAGGUUUACGGUAACUACAUUUGAGAACGAGAUGAAGUGGUAUACCACAGAGAGCACUCCAGGUAAAGAAGAUUACUCUGAAGCUGAUGCCAUGAUUAGCUUCACUAACCAACAUGGCAUACAAGUUCGUGGUCAUAAUAUUUUUUGGGACGAUCCUAAAUACCAACUUGGAUGGGUUAAUAAUCUUCCUCCGGAUCAACUCAAAGCUGCUGCUGAUAGGAGAUUAAACUCAAUAGUAUCCAGGUAUGGGAAGAAUGUGAUAGCUUGGGAUGUUAACAACGAAAACUUGCAUUUUAACUAUUUCGAGACCAAGCUUGGCCCAACUAUCACUGAUGUUUUCUUCCAAAAAACAUCCCAACUCAAUCCCCAAACUAGAUUGUUUAUGAAUGAGUACAAUACAAUUGAGGAUGAAGCUGAUACUUCAUCUUCACCUUCUAAGUACAUUCAAAAGAUAAAAGAGAUACAAGGCUUUGUUGGAUCUGGUGGUGGACUUAAACUUGGAAUCGGGCUUGAGGGUCAUUUUGCAACCCCAAACAUUGCUUAUGUGAGAUCAGCUAUUGAUAUGCUUGCUGCAACUAAUGUGCCUAUUUGGGUCACUGAGCUGGAUGUUCAAGCUGGCCCUAAUCAGGCAUCUUACUUUGAGCAAAUACUUAGGGAAGUACAUUCCCACCCAGGAGUAGAAGGCAUAGUGAUAUGGGGACCAUGGUCACCCCAAGGCAAAUGUUACCAAAUGUGUUUGGUAAAUCCCAACUUUGAAAAUCUGCCCCCAGGAGAUGUUGUUGACAAGCUAUUGGGAGAAUGGGGUCGCCAUACCCAAACCCAAAGCCAUAGGGAGGUUGUAGUUGCCACAGAUGCCGAUGGUUUUGUCGACAUCUCCCUCUUUCAUGGUGAUUAUCAACUCAACGUCUUUCAACAAAAAGCUGAUGCUGAUGCUGAUGCUGAUGCACCCACAUUGGAAGAUCAAUCUUCUUCUUCCAUUUCACACAGUUUUAGCGUCGAUGCUCACUCAUCGCCUCUAACGUUUAAGAUCAUUCUUCCAUUCUAA